CUCCUCUGCACACCUGAGAACAGGGGGCUCGCGGGGUCGGCUGCCACGUGCUCCGCUCCGCACGCUCAGGUCCAAGUGGCGCGCGCGCUCCAGCUCUGGUCCUGCACGCGGGCUUCACGUGUGUCAGAGCUCCCCGGACCGACUGAAGGCAGAGGACGCAGAUCAGGACUCGGACUCGGACUCGGACGCUACUGUGUCGCUUUUUUCAUCCACGAAUCUUCUUCACGAAGCUCCCUUUUCCGCCAGCAGGCCCCCCCUGCUGUUCAGAUUGUGGUAUGAGCCUCUGUGGCAGGAAGGCGCUGACGUUGCUGAGCAGCGUGUUUGCUGUUUGCGGUCUGGGCUUGCUGGGAAUAGCGGUGAGCACCGACUACUGGCUCUACCUGGAGGAAGGAGUCAUCCUCCCCCUGAACCAGAGCACAGAGAUGCGCAUGUCCCUUCACUCUGGCCUGUGGAGGGUUUGUUUCAUGGCUGGAGAAGAGAAAGGAAGAUGCUUCACCAUUGAGUAUGUGUUGCCGACCACUGUGCAGAUGACCUCUGACUCCACUGUCAGUGUGCUCAAGAUGAUCCGAUCAGCCACGCCCUUCCCUCUUGUCAGCCUCUUUUUCAUGUUCAUCGGGUUUGUGCUCAGUAACAUCGGCCACAUUCGACCGCAUCACACCAUCCUCGCCUUUGUUUCUGGGAUCUUCUUCAUCCUGUCAGGUCUGUCUCUGGUCGUCGGGCUGGUUUUGUACAUCUCCAACAUUAACGAUGAAAUGCUGAACAGGACCAAAACGAAUGAAGCUUACUUCAGCUACAAGUACGGCUGGUCUUUUGCCUUUGCCGCCAUCUCCUUCCUGCUCACUGAGACAGCAGGCGUCAUGUCUGUGUACCUGUUCAUGAAGCGCUACACAGCAGAGGAGAUGUACAGGCCUCAUCAGGGCUUCUACCGGCCCCGCCUGAGCAACUGCUCGGAUUACUCGGGUCAGUUCCUGCAUCCGGACGCCUGGGCCGGGCGCGGCCGCAGUCCUUCCUCCAUCUCCUCCGAGGCCUCCCUCCAGAUGAACUCCUCCAACUAUCCCGCCCUCCUGAAGUGUCCAGAGUACGAACACAUGUCCUCUUCCCCCUGCUGAGGCAUUGCUGGGGUCAUGUUGAUCUGCCCGGGUUUUGGCCGUUAAGUAUAUAUCGUUCAGCUUGAAGUUAUCGCUUCAAGUGCUCUGACAAUGACCCGAGUUGCUUUUCUUUGUCAGCUGCCAGUUUUGAUAGCAGCUUUUGGUUUUGUAGGGAGGAAAAAUAAAAACAGCCUCAAGAUUAGUUUCUUGUUUUCUCCAGCAGUCUUGUUUCAGGAUGAACGAGGAAACGUUUUAAGCAGUUUCAUUUGCUUUCACUGAGUAUUACCUGUAGAUAUCAGAGGAAGAGAUUGCAGAGCGUCUCUAAAGAAUAAAUAUGAAAGCAGAUAGUCUUAGCUCAAGAAUACAAAUUAUUCUGUAUCUGUGGGUCUCUGGAAACAUUCUCACAAUUAUUUAUUCAGGAGGAUUGUGCUUUGGUAGGGGAGAGGGAAAAAAAUCAAAGUAGGAUUUAUUGUGAGAGCAGCAGUUUGUGCUGCAGGUGUUUCCACGUUCUAAUUUCUUUUCAUGUCCUGGUGCACAAGUAUAGAAACUUCUAAUCUUCACAGCUUUCAGAACAAAACCGUUUGAAAAGAGAACUUCAUAUACAAGUCAAUUAAUUAGAGUGAGGAAGAUCUAAAAGUGCUGAGAUCACACCUUUAUUUUUUUAAUACUUUCUAAUAUUUCUGUUUCAAUCUUGUCCGUUUUAUCUUCAAUCAGAUGAAGGAAUAUUAACAUCAUUUAUACUUCUGCAAAGGGAAAUGUGUUCUUGUUUUUGGAGUUUUGUUUAUUUCUAAAUUCUGACAAUUUCAUGCGGUCAUACAUUUUUAUUUUAACAGAAUAUAACAAAGAUUCACACCGAUUAUUCAUGAGCAACACAAGACUUUUUCACUAGUGUUUAAGGUUUUAUUGCCAGCAUAUGCAUUCAUGCAGCAUAUGCAAAGACAGCUUUUGUUUAACAGAUGUCUCCUUGUCUGCCAGUUAGAGAAAAGAGAGUAAAAGGGGAGAAGAGGAGGUUCUGGCGCUCAUGUUUAGUGUGGAAUGUGGAUGAGUCAGUCGGUAGUUUCACAUGGAGCCUUUUUGAAUGUAAGAUAAGCUGACAGAAAACGCUGCUUAAUGAGAUUUUUCUGCUUAAAAAGCCUCUGCCACAAAGAAUUGCAGUAUUAACCCAAACCACAGAUGCAUAUUUUUUCCAUUUUCUUCCCUUGUCAUGAUGCUAAAACUAAUGUAGGAACGUCACAAUCAAAUGUACCUAUGACCCAUUGACAUUCCAUAGAAGACGAUGCACCAAAUCGCCAAGUACCACCUAUUCACAUUUCUUGCUUUUGGUGUGUGAAAACAUGUUACAUAUAUGUCUUGUGCAAUCUUCUUUAUAGAUGGCAGAUAUUUUCUUAAGAUGUUAUUUCUUCAUAAGGUUGCAUGCUGUCAGCUCCACAUGAUCCCACCGGGCACAAGAGGUCUGUUAGAUAACUAAUGUACAGCUGCAGUACUUCCAUUGUCUGCUUGACAUCUCAGACAACUCGUUUUUGUUACUCUAUUAUGCUGUGUACACACCGGGCAUGGGUCGCGCAUUUAGGAAAGCACUAAACAAGCAUUCUUGAACCCGUUUAUAGCAUAUGGUGUGGACUAAGGUCUGUCUCCACCCAAAACUAGCACAUGAAUUCCCAGCUGGAAGAAUGUUGAUACGAAAUGUCGUAGCGAAUCUUACUCCUGGCUUUUUCUUUCACAGCUCUAUUCCGAUAUACAAAGACUUGGGUUCAUAGAAUUCCUUUACGAUCAAUUUUCAAACGGUCGGCACUUCUGUGCUUUGAAGAAAAAAAACACAACUCAUAUGUAACCACCAAAUAAAAGUCUUUGAUUGGUUAAAGUUCAACUGGUUAAACUUUAACGCACGUUCAAUUGCUGGGCCUUCUGUACGUAGCGCCCAAAACUGACUUAAAACUUGCGUUUUGAAAUGCGAAAGCGAGAGUUUUGAACGUGGACGCAUGAAAUGCGUCUGUAUUUCGCCAUGGAGUGGAAGCGGUCACUCGAUGGCAUGUUUCCGAGUCCAGUAUGUACGUAGUAUUAGAGGUCUACCACUAGUGUUCUGAAAGUUAUCUGCAAGAGGUCUCCUACAAUCUAACCUUGGGAUAUUCAUACGUGACUACACAACUGUAUUAGAGCUGUGGAUCAUUAAUUAGGUGGCGAUUCCAUUCACAAAUCAAACUUAAUGACUCCCAGAUCAAACCAUGAUUCUUACUAUUUAAUAUAAUGUGUUUUUACAGUUUUUACAGCAGUAAACAGAAUCGGAAGGAGAACAACACCAUUUUGUAACAGGCCUGAAAAUAUUCUCCAGUUUUUCCAUCCUCAAAGUUUAGCCAACUACAGUUCUAGUAGAUUGAUGACGAGAUAGUAAACACAGCAAAACCUCAAUAGAAAUGUAACAACUAGAAAACACUCACAGACCUUUCAUCUAAACCCACAACAAUGCUUCCAACAACCAUGUUUUACAAACUGACAGUCUUCAGCUUUAGUGGAAAAACCAGAAGACUCCCAAAACUUUAGAAGAACAUUUUAAAAUAAAGCUCCUGUGCCACUUCUCCACCAUGCUUAUAGUCACAUGACAUCACAUUAAUCAUGAAAUGUUUGCAAUAUUCUUAAAUUCCUCCUGUGAAAUUCGUGACUGUGACAUGUGAUCACCGUGAAACAGCUGAUUCUGCAGUGCAGAAAAGCAUAAUUUCAUGCUGGCUUUGACCGACAUGCAACACUUUACGUUCUUAGGCAUUGCAUACCACUGCUAGGCGGGUAUGAAAAGCCGCUGAAUCAGCUGAUUGACGUUGAUUACAUAAGCAUUCCACUACUGAGUGGUGCUGCAUAUCAGCAUUUCUCUGCUUCAGAAUCCCCUGAAAUUAUGUUCAUUGAGUGGUCGAAGAGUUAGCAUAAUCAAAAAGUGUGAACACUGGAGCUAAAGCUGCGGUGUUAAAGGGUUAAAGCAAAUUCGUUAUUUUCUGACCUUAUGUCAGUAAACGGAACUUCAAUCUUUUUCUUCCUACUACAAAAAUCCAACAUUAUGCUGCAUUUUAGAGCAAACACACGUUGUGCCUGAAUUGUAUUUAUCUAUAUUGUAUUUUUACUACCCUCUACUUUGUUCAUACAGAUUGUGAAUCAGCAAUCAAAAUAUUCGUAAUCAAAUUUUUGGAGCAGAUCGCAAACAUUGGAGUCCCUGUCGUUACAUCCCUAAAAAUGUAUUGUACGAGUCACAAAUCGAUUUUUAAACACAGACAAAUCCAAAGUUACACACAAACAAGCAGACACAAGUUAGAAAUCAAGCAUCAUGCUCAAACAAAUUUUUUGUGUCUAUUUUCUCUCCAUGCUUCUCUCUGUAAUUCAACUCAAUUCCAUUUUAUUCAAAUGGCCCAAUAUUACAAAAGUUGUCUCAACGGGGUUCAAGAGCGCUAACCGCUAAGACACCAUGCAGCCUUUUUAUUCACAGACAACUAGUAAUCACCAAAUUCUACAUUCCAAGCAGUACAAACAUUUCUCCUUCCCGGGGUUAAAGGGUCUCAGAUACUUAUUAAGAAAAUAAACAAUCCAAUAUAUGUAUAUGUAACCGAAUCUGUUAACAGCAUAUUCAUUCAAAAGAAUCAGAACACCACAUCUUAAGUUUUCAACAAUCUUACAAAUCAAAGCCCAAUUUAGGACAUUUUAAACACAGAGGUCCCCUAAAACAGCAGUCUGGAACCCGAGCCGCAUGUGUCUCUUUUAACCCCUUCAUUGUGGCUCAUUGGCUUUAAAAACUAUUUAACCCUUGUGCUAUCCUAGGCACUUUAACAUUGGGAGUUGGGUCAUCUAGACCCACUAGACAGUGCUCUGAACCUUU